CGCGCGCAACCCGGUUCGUCUCCAUCACCACCGCCAGAGCAGCGCGGAUGAAACACCGGUCGCAUUCAGAGCAGCAUCAGGGGAAAAGGCCCCGUGUUCCCGCAGCGGCCUCCUCCUCCUCACCGCCAGACGGAAUGGAGGACACGACGCCGUUAAAACCGAGGGAACUCACCCAGAACCCCCUGAAGAAGAUCUGGAUGCCGUGUAAAAAUGGCCUUCCCGAAAAGCACAUUUCUCAAAGAAAAGUGUGUAUGACCAACUGUCCCACCCUGAUUGUGACAGUGGGCCUUCCUGCCAGGGGGAAGACUUACAUCUCCAAGAAACUCACCCGCUACCUCAACUGGAUCGGGGUGCCCACCAGAGAGUUCAAUGUUGGGCAGUACAGGAGAGAGUUUGUGAAGAUCUACAAGUCCUUUGAGUUCUUCAGUCCAGACAACGAGGAGGGGUUAAAGAUUAGACGUCAGUGUGCCUCGGCAGCGCUGAACGACGUGCGACAGUAUCUCACAGAAGACGCAGGCCAAGUGGCGGUUUUUGAUGCAACGAACACCACCAGAGAAAGACGGGAAACCAUCAUCCAGUUUGCAGAGCAGAAUGGCUUCAAGGUGUUCUUCGUGGAGUCAGUGUGUGAAGACCCAGAUGUCAUACAGGAGAACAUCGUGCAAGUGAAGCUGGGUUCCCCCGACUACACCAACUGUAACACGGAGGAAGCGGCGGAAGAUUUCAUGAAAAGGAUCAAGUGUUACGAAAACUCCUACGAGCCGCUGGAUGAAGUCCUGGACAGGGAUCUCUCCUUCAUUAAAAUCAUGGACGUGGGUCAGCGCUACUUGGUCAACAGGGUGUUGGACCACAUCCAGAGCCGGAUAGUCUACUACCUCAUGAACAUUCAUAUCACGCCGCGCUCCAUCUACCUGUGCCGCCACGGUGAGAGCGAGCUCAACGUCAACGGUCAAAUCGGUGGAGACUCCGGCCUCACGGCGGGAGGAAAAGAGUUUGCGAAGAAGCUGAGCCAGUUCAUCCAGGCUCAGGGCAUCAGCGACCUGAAGGUGUGGACCAGUCAGAUGAAGAGAACCAUCCAGACAGCUGAGGCUCUCUGUGUGCCCUACGAACAGUGGAAGGUCCUGAACGAGAUCGAUGCCGGCGUGUGUGAGGAGAUGAUGUAUGAGGAGAUCCAGGACCACUAUCCUCUGGAGUUCGCUCUGAGGGAUCAGGACAAAUACCGCUAUCGGUACCCAAAAGGAGAGUCGUACGAGGACCUGGUGCAGCGGUUGGAGCCCGUCAUCAUGGAGCUGGAGCGGCAAGAGAACGUGCUGGUCGUCUGCCACCAGGCCGUCAUGCGCUGCCUGUUGGCCUAUUUCUUGGACAAGACAGCAGAGGAGCUGCCCUACCUGAAGUGCCCGCUGCACACUGUGCUGAAGCUAACGCCCGUGGCCUACGGCUGUAAAGUGGAGUCCAUCAGCUUAAACGUGGAUGCAGUCAACACACACAGAGAAAGGCCAGAGAAUGUGAACGUCCAUCGUACGACUCGGGACGCCUUGCAGACCGUCCCCCCUCGUCAGACUGCAGCCGGACCCCCUCCUCUGUCUGCAGACCGGACCCCCUCACCUCUGACUGCAGACCGUCCCCCCUCGCCUCUGACUGCAGACCGUCCCCCCUCGCCUCUGACUGCAGCCGGACCCCCUCGUCUGUCUGCAGACCGGACCCCCUCGCCUCAGACUGCAGCCGGACCCCCUCGCCUCUGACUGCAGACUGUCCCCCCUCGCCUCUGACUGCAGACCGGACCCCCUCGCCUCUGACUGCAGCCGGACCCCCUCGCCUCUGACUGCAGCCGGACCCCCUCGUCUGUCUGCAGACCGUCCCCCCUCACCUCAGACUGCAGCCGGACCUCUUCGCCUCAGACCGUCCCCCCUCACCUCAGACUGCAGCCGGACCUCCUCGCCUCAGACCGUCCCCCCUCACCUCAGACUGCAGCCGGACCUCCUCGCCUCAGACCGUCCCCCCUCGCCUCUGACUGCAGACCGGACCCCCUCGCCUCUGACUGCAGACCGGACCCCCUCGCCUCUGACUGCAGCCGGACCCCCUCGUCUGUCUGCAGACCGUCCCCCCUCACCUCAGACUGCAGCCGGACCUCUUCGCCUCAGACCGUCCCCCCUCACCUCAGACUGCAGCCGGACCUCCUCGCCUCAGACCGUCCCCCCUCACCUCAGACUGCAGCCGGACCUCCUCGCCUCAGACCGUCCCCCCUCACCUCAGACUGCAGCCGGACCUCCUCGCCUCAGACCGUCCCCCCUCACCUCAGACUGCAGCCGGACCUCCUCGCCUCAGACCGUCCCCCCUCACCUCAGACUGCAGCCGGACCUCUUCGCCUCAGACCGUCCCCCCUCACCUCAGACUGCAGCCGGACCUCCUCGCCUCAGACCGUCCCCCCUCACCUCAGACUGCAGCCGGACCUCCUCGCCUCAGACCGUCCCCCCUCACCUCAGACUGCAGCCGGACCUCCUCGCCUCAGACCGUCCCCCCUCACCUCAGACUGCAGCCGGACCUCCUCGCCUCUGACUGUCAGACCUCACCUCAGACUGCAGCCAGACCCCCCCUCUCCCCCUCGUGGUCAAGUUCAUUUUGCCAAAUCUGCACCUGACCUGCGGUGACCGUCUGGGUGAUGGGACGCCGACUCCUCCUUCCUCACCUCUGACUGACACACCUACACACACCUUUUUGCUGCUGUCUUGUUGUUUUCGGGUGUUUUCAUUGUUGACUGAAGCUCACUAUUCUGACUGUGGGGAUUUAGUGAAUUAAGAAUGGGCCGUUGUUAUGAAUACCAAAUCAUCAACGGACAUUCAGUGAAAUAUGAACAUGUUUUCUUUUUGUAUUUGUGAAGGACACAUCUGAAUACAGUUUUCGCCCCGGAGGUGUUCGUUAAAGAAGUUUGUUGUAAACCAUUCCGUCAUUAUGGGUUCAAGCAUUCAUUAGGGGCUGCACUGAAUAUCUCCCCUUUUUAUUAACCUGCCAGUACAUUCUCAAUGUGUUUUUUGAGUCUGUAAAAAGGCAUAAAUAAAGAAAUGGGUACCACA